AUGUUUCCAUCAGAAAGCAGACCAACAGUAAAACUACAGGAUAAAUGGGCAAAGAAACGAUGGUCUUUCCAAUUGCUGAGUAGUUUAUCCAGAACUUUAAAGAAGUUAUGUUCGAGUAGCUCUCAUUGCAGCUGUUUUCACUCGAUUAUUCGUCCAUUUCAACGAUUCUUCGGACCCGAGAAAAUGUACCGGUCCACUAAAGGAGCCUCGAAAGCUCGGAGGGAUCAAAUCAACGCGGAAAUCCGCAUCUUGAAGGAACUUCUGCCCAUCUCUGAUGCUGACAAAGCUCGUCUUUCCUACCUUCACAUCAUGUCACUAGCCUGCAUUUACACAAGGAAGUCCGUCUUUUUCUCUCAAGCUGCAGCAGGUCACGAUGUAAGCGGAAGCCUCUUGUCUUUGCCAGAGCUCUCGGAUUUCCUGCACACACUCCCAGGAUUUCUCCUAGUGCUGACAAGUGAAGGAAAACUCCUGUAUCUGUCAGACAAUGUCGCAGAGCACCUGGGUCAUUCCAUGGUGGAUCUGGUGGCUCAGAGUGAUAGCGUGUAUGAUAUUAUUGACCCAGCUGAUCACUUCAUCAUGAAGGGCAACCUUGUACCAGUCACCACACCUGAAACAGACCGCCUCUUUCGCUGCCGGUUCAGCACUUCAAAAUUUGUAAGGAGGCAGGGAUCUGGCAACAAACAGGCGCUAGUUCGGGCUCGCUGUCUGCCGCCUCCAUACCAUGCAUCCCCCUACUGGACGUCCAACCCAGUGUGGGUGUGUUUCUGCUCCCCAUUGGAGGCCAGCAUGCCUCAGCUUUCAUCAUCCAGGAACCCUCUUCCAACCCCACCCGCGGAGCAGUCUUUCCUGCUGUCUUGUUUCCAGUCUCAGCACAGCCGGGACAUGAGGAUCCACACAGUACAGGACAGUGUAAGUGUUUAUCUUGGCUAUGAUAUCGAGACUCUGCGUUCCCGCUCGUGGUACAGUCUGAUUCAUCCUCGCGAUCUCUCGCACGCCUCUGCACAACACUGCGCCCUGUUGCAUGAUGGAGGCGAGAGGCAGGUGGAGAUGGUGGUCCAGGUGGAGGCAGCAGAUCACUCUUGGGUUUGGCUCUACAUUGUUCUUCAGCUGGAGACUGGAGAAUAUCCCAUCAACAGCCACAACUAUGUCAUAAGUGAGUCUGAAGCCUGGUCAGUGCGUCAGCAGUUGUACUCAGAGCAGAACCAACUGGCUCUCCUGUACCAGGAGUCACGCCAGAGCUCUGACCCUCUGUCCAGCCCAGAUCAGGUCUUCACACCCAGCAGCAGCGGCCUGUCCUCCCAGUCUUUCGACUUCAGCUUCACCACUUCUGGACGAAGCUCCUCUGAAGAGCUCCCUGGUACCUCUGCCCCAUCCAGCAUGACAUUCGACCCCAUUCAGGGCGAAGAGAUCCACUCACAGCCUCACGGUGGUGGUCACCAGAUGUGGCGAUCAGCCAUGACCAUUUCCCCCGAACAUCUAAGUAACAUCAAUCUUUCUACUGUUCCCCAAUCCCAAGUUGCCCCUCCACCCCUUCCUCCAUUCAAAGCUCCUCCAAAGCGCCAAAGAUCGGAGGAGUUUAUCUGCACACCCCCUUACACCCCAAGACUCAGUGGGGGGAGUUUCAUAUUUGGUGAUGAAACAUUUAGAUCAUCAGAUCAUAGCAAAGCAGCUAAAAUGAGGCAGCCUAUAACCUCAGCCACCAACAUUGGUCCUGCUCAACCCUGCCGCAAGCGUCUUUACGAAACUUUGCCUCCUACACCAGACAGCCCAGGCAGUGACGAAUGCAUUCUCAUGGCGCUGCCGGAAAUCAGAGGCCCUCUCUACGUAGACGUCCCACAUUUACCGUUUCACGCUCCCCCAGAAGGCCUUCUAACCCCUGAGGCCUCACCCACCAAGAAGCCCUGUUUGAGUUUCUUCCCUCGGGAUGACGAAACUGAAAGAGAGCGAAUAGAAAUCUCGCUCCUGGCUCAGUACAUCAGCACUUUAGCUGAAGGUUUCUGUCACAGCCACCCACAAGACGCAUCAGCUCCCCCUCAUCACGCCAACUCCUCGCUGGCUCACAUUGAUGUCUUAAUGUUUGAGGAGAAAGCAGUAGAUGACAUCCCUCUGCCAAAUCUGCCAUCCACCUCUCCAGUGCCUCCCUCACCUUACUCAUCAGUGCCAUCCUACUCCCAGUGCCGCAGCUCCCCUGUCCAGGAGGAGGCGGCGGUGACUCUGAUUGGUGUAAACCACCUCUGUAGCGUCCAGUUGACGCACUGUAAUCGCAUGAACGAGGGUGGGCUGCAGGAUGGCGAGAGACCCGACGAGGACAUGGAGAUGAUGUCCUCCCAAAGGUCCAGUGAAGCUCCUGCCCUUACCCCUGCUCUGCCUUGUGCCCAGUCCCUCCUAGAGGAGCUGGUCACCAUGGAACCUGUGUUUGGGGCAGCUGUCCCAAUGACUCCUGCCGACAGGCAGCAAGAUGAGUUGUAUCAACUCCCUCAUCAAGGCGGACCACAGAUGUUCUACCAAGAUGGAACCAGUGAUCACAUGUUUUAACAUAAGUCUGUGACUUAAUCAAUGAAGUAUGGCAUAUUGUCAUCUUUUACAAACCUAUUUUCUGGAAUAAUGUGUCAGAGCUGUAUCAAAAGUGUAUAAAGAUUUAUUUAUGUUUAUAUCUGAAUAUCAUGAAGUCACAUGAACAUGCAUCCUAUUCAUAUUGGACUGUCACUUUGGGGAAAAGUACUUAAAGUAACAUAACGGCAAUUGCCACUUUGUAUUCACUUAUAGUGAAGAUUGUGCAGGAAGAAUAUGUUUAUGAAUAACAAUUGUAUCUUCGUAGAGUUCUACGGUCAAGUAGAGGACUGAUUCCUACAG